ACUGUACGCCGUAUUACAAGAGCCAAUGAUGGUCGACGCCCCAAGGCUGCCUGCAGGCAGACACAUGUCUCGCCGCGGUAGCUUGCUCCAUCUUGACUCAACCGCCUAACGUUUGACUCAAUGGGAUCUCCCCCAGCCACUCAUAUAUCCUCUAUUUAUACUUUGAAGAACACAUUUGCAACCAGCAUCGCUACUUUCAUUCCUCCUUCACCAUGGGCUCCAAGCUUUCCAAGGCUGUGCGGCGGCCGCACGUGCACAAGGCAACCGCCUCACCACCGGCGCCUUCCCAUCACGAAGCACAACAGACCAGGCCUUGCCAAGACCAGCGCCUUCCGCAAGUAACUCGCGGUGACCCGCUAUUGAAUGACGCGCCCGUCGACGCUGCGACUUCCUCCACCCAACUCGACAACCGCACUGCGCACACGGCCGACGUCGAGAUGAUGGAUGCUCCACAACCGGCUCAACCGUCUGACGAAGGAGAUAACGUUUCCCUGGCGGAGCUCCCCGAUCCGCUCGCUGUACAUCGUCCUCCGCCCGCGCCUGUAUUUCCCCCUGCCGAUACGCUGCCUCCCCCUCCACCUCCGCCUCCGCCUCCGGCGUUGGAGACGACUCUCAAUUGCCUGAUUUGCUGCACGCCGUUUCCCAAGGACAAGGAGCACACUGCUCUCAAACCAUGCCGGUGUGGAAACGCGUUCUGCGCGGCCUGCCUGAAAAAGAUGUUUAUCGACGCCUGCAAUGACAUGACCCGCAUGCCACCACGAUGCUGCAAUCAGCUUCCCCUGCACCAUGCGCGCCCACAUUUGACAAACGAGGAGACUGCUCUAUUCAGGGCGAAGUACGAGGAAUGGAGCACGCCGAAACCGUUCUAUUGCCCUGUUCCGACAUGCUCUGCGUUUAUACCGAGCAGAUUCCUCUCACAGACCAAGACGAACCAAAGGGGCAAACAGCGCGUCGACUCCGGUAUUGGUACGCCGACUUCGCCAGUAAUUGCCUGCCCGAAGUGCGAGGUUGAAAUUUGUUCGAAUUGUAGGGAUUUCGCUCAUCCUGAUAGCACAUGCAGAUCGCUGGAAUUCGGAAUUGAUAAGGAGACCGCAGAGCUGCUCAAAAGCUGGGGAUAUAAGCGGUGCCCGAAGUGCGGAAACGGCGUCAAGCGCAUGUUUGGCUGUAAUCACAUGGAGUGUAGAUGCGGAGCACACUUCUGCUGGGUAUGCCUUAAGAGCCGGGACGAUUGCGAUGGCGGAUGCUAUGAUGAUGACGAGGAAUACGACAGCGAAGAAGAGCCUGAUACGGAGGAGGAAGAAGCCCGAGCCGCGGACGCCGGCGAUGCGGACGCGCCUGCGGCUGCCGGAGAUGGAGCUACUCAAGAUGCUGCUACUAGAGAUGCGGGGACGGGAGAGCCUGCGGAAGGAGCAUCCAAUCCGCCACCACCGUCUCCACAGCCAAGUCCACGCCCAAGGAAUCUGGAUGGAGGAUCCGGCCGCUUCUGGGAAGAGCAGGAUCUUGACUUUGGCCAGGAGCCGACAGAUGACAUCCAGGACCGCGCUUGGGACUGCGUGCAUGAAUUCAAGACAGCUAAGGUUAGCCUUGAAGACUCGCUACGCAACGUUCCUUCAGCCUCAAACAUGGAAUGCAUGAAGUGCUGGCACACAGUGCACCCUGAGAUUGAGAUGCCCAAGAGUAUCAAUACCGGCGGAUCCAGGACGGUCUCUGCAGACGCUUCUCGUGCGCGAAUAGGCACGCGGGGCAUAACCCGCACUCGGCGCCGGGGCCAUCUUCCAGCACACGAUAUUCGUUUCCCAAUAUUUGGCAGCCUCCCCAACUCUGCGCCUCAGCUCCCAUUUCAGUCUCAGGGUCUUCCGGCUACAGAGCCGAUGGACGGCGUAGAGUACACUUGCGACCGUCCGGAAGAGGACGAUCUAGACAGUGAGACACUCAUAGAUACCUACGGCCGAGUUAUUACCACGACUGAGAAGCAUGACGACCAGCGCCGUGCCUCGAUAGACGUUCCCACUUUGCAGUUUGCCGACGAAGAUGAAUUCGAGAAGCCGGAAUGGGUGAAGGACUUCAUGACCACCCGCCUGACUAUACCUUCUGACGACCAGCAAGACGUCCUAGACGCACUGCAAUCCCGCAUGGACCUCGACGGCGCCGCGGAUACUCCUCCACCAGCUCCGGCCCAGAAGAAGCCACUUUCGCUCGCUUCAGACAUCUCACCCUUCAGCUUUGCUUACGAGUGUCGGUCGUGCGGGCUGCUGGUCUGCAACACCUGCAAGGAGAAUCUGCUAUCUGCGCAAUAAGCGCAGUACGACUGAUCGAAUCACGAUCAUGAGGGUGAUGUACGCCGCGCGGGCGGUAACGAGGCGUACUUCAGCAGCACCGUUUGACCGAUAUCCGUAUAUGAGCUAUUUGGGAGUAUUCGGGGAUAUCGACGAUAGAAGAAGGGGAAGGAAACGAGGGCGUUUGAUGGGUGGGGAUUUGUGCAUUUUCUAUCAUAUACUUAGCCUCGCCGGAGCUUGGGGUUGAGCACUUUUCUUCCAUUUUUCUUCGGCAUAGCGAGGCGUUUGACGAGAUCCAUUUGGUUCAUGACAUAGGCACAACCAUUUUUAAUUGAUGAUAGUCGCGUUCGAUGCCUGC